AUGCUAGAUUCCGCAAAACAAGAACACCAGAGCCUUGCUCCAAAGUACAACAGCAGCAGCGAUGCCACUACCACGCAAUCAGAAAAUACAUCUGCCAUGGUCAGGCCUUCAAAGUGCUUCAAAGCCAGCUCUGAUCCUCGACACGAUGGGCGACUUCCCCUGUGUGAGGACAUUCGCCAGAGACCAAUUGACAGUAGUGCGGCUUUGAAUCGUAGUGGCCAUUAUAGUUCGAUUGCGCUGCCUGCAACAUUCCUGAUUGAGUUCUUGGAGCUGGCUUUUCUCCGCAUCUCUGGUCUCGCAACGACCCGGUUCAAACCUGCCGUGGUUCAUCUCCACUUUAUUGCACCGCCUUUUGAGAUCAAAAGCAAACAUCUUCACAGCCUCGAGUGGACAGUCGCUGGCUGCGGUUCUUUGGGCCACGCCGCCACCAAAGUGGUCGAGGUAUCGAUUUACGCUCGUAUCAUCGAGCUCGAGUCAACGGCCGAAUGCUUUCGAAAACUGAGCAAGCUGGGUUCGGAGCGAGCUGCGCGUUCGUUGACAAGUUUUGGCGGGGCGGCUGAUGAGAAAUCCAAUUGA